AUGUUUAAAAUAAAUCUUUGCUUAUUUUUGUUUUCGAUUAUAUUUUGGGUAAAAUUAAAUGCUCAAGAAGAAUGGCGAAAUCAAUGGCAACCUAAUAAAGUAACUUUAAAUGAACAAAGGAAGCAUAUUGAUGUUGAUACAAGGUGGUUAGAUAGAGAAUAUAAAGAAAAGACUGGUCAAACAGUUCAAAAGGUUGGCUUAGAUGCUAGCAAUAAAGAAAGAGCUAUAGUAGAUUUAAUUACUGAACAAAAACAAUUAAGUGCUUCAGCACAUGGAAAUGUAGCUAUAGCAGAAUCGAGUGUUCCUGGACAGAGAGCACAAGUCCAAAAAUUUGGAGAUAAAGGAGGGCUUGCUCAAGGAUAUUCAACGGAGAAGGAGAUUCAAGUAAUUAAUUUUAGUGGGCAACUUCGAGUUAAAGAAGACGGAGAAGGCAAACAUGCAUUAUUAAAAGCUGAUGGUCAAUACGAGUUGGAUACUUUAUCGAAAGGAGGAAAAGAUGAUAAAGAUGGGGAAAAAGAAUUUCAAGCUCGUAAUGAUCGCUUCGAUUUUCGAUUAACGCCGGCUGAACAAAAUGAGAAGCAGGGGCAUGGAUUGCUUUCUUUUGGGGAUAAUGAAAAAGGCAAAAAAGGCUCAUAUGAAUAUGCAAUAGUGCACAAAGACAAAAAUCAUGUCGAAGCCCAACUUAGUUCCAAAGAUGCCUAUUCUAAUAGAAAUGAUUUAUUGGGCUCUUUAUUUGGAAGAAGAUCCGAAAAAUAUUUUUGUACAGCGGAGACCCCCGGAGUUUCUCAAUGUUAUGAUGCACAAGGGAGAAGUGCUGGUAAAGUUGUUGCUGAUAAAAAUGGAAAUGCUGUUGUUUAUAAUGAAAAAGAUGUUCCUAUAGGGACUGGAUCCGUAAGGAAGGUUUCUGAAAGAAAUUAUGAGGCAGUAAUCAGCAAAAAUUUAUUUAUUACACGAUUAAAAGAUGCACGUAGAGGGCCUUGUUGUAGAGAAUUUACUGGCCAUGAUUGUGUUGAACAGAUAAAAUUAGCUAAUCCACAAUUUAGUCAUCCACAAGAGAGAGAUGAAAAUGGCAACUUACAUUUAACUUGGCCAGAAUGUUUUGAUAUGUCUAUUGAUGUUACACUUCCGCCUAAUGUACAUAUUAACCGUUUGGCAAUGAAAUUAGAUGUACAUAUACAACCUAUAGGGAAACUUAGAUGUAUGGAUGUAGCAACAUGCGGCAGAGAAUGUUAUUAUUGUGAUUGGUGUAGAGGAAGCAGAAAAUUAAAAUUAUUGGAGAGAACUGACGGAAAUUUGUGUAGAGCAACAGAAGAGAGGACUUAUCGUUUAACAACAAAAUUGUGCCCUCCCCCAGAAGAUCCAAACUUUACUUUAUGUACAACAUUCACUAAAAGUGUUUGGCAAAAAGAUUAUUGGCAAAAGGAGGGAGCUUUGGAUAUCUGGAUGAAAUUUUAUGAAAGGGCUGAAAAUAGGGCUGAAUUGGAACAUGAAUUUUUCUCUCAAUUGGAUAAUCCUCUUUUGGGGAAAGCUUUUAAAUUGGCGAUUAUUGGGGAGUGGUUAGCUGCUAAUAGUUUGGAUCAAGGCAGCUACACACCUACAAACUCUGAAUUACUCGAAUUUUGGGUAUCGAGGCGUGCACCCGACAGACUUUUGGCCUGCGAUCAUGCUGUUAUAGAUUAUGAAUUGGAAGGUUCUAAAGUAAAAACUAACGUUCUUUUUGAAGCUGCUACAACUGCUGGGAAUUUACCGAAUAUAUUCAAAGACAAAAAGUGCCAACAAUUUGAGAAUUUACAAGAAGAACGUUUUCAACAAGGAGUACGCGAGUAUAAACAGAAAAGUGGGGGUGAUACUGGCAAUAUAUUAAGUGGAAUUGGAAAUUUAUUUAGAGGAAAAUGA